AACAGCUAUGUUAUCGCAUUUUCACUUUUGAAAUCUGAUUCUUCGAUUUCUCCCUCUCUCUUGAUCCUCCAAGUGUACUCAAGUAUCUAUAUCUAUAUUCUAUACAUCUCUCUCAAAUCAAACCAAAUCUCCAAAAUGUCUCUCAGUCUCACAAACCUCAUCUACACCACCCCCUUACCUACUUUACCGACAUCUCCGGAUAACUUCCCAAUACCUACAACCGUUCCAAAUGCUACCAUUCCCACCAGACUCCCCACUUCAGCACUCUCCCUCCCUCUCCCAACCAUGGCAACUACAUCUCUUCCGCUAGAUCCGUUGCCCAUCAAUUACAAUUUCACGACUACGGGUGCUUCAUCGUCGACGGGAACUGCAAUGUCAACCCAAACCAUAACGGUUUCCGCUUCUCGCAAUCACUCUCCUGGCUCCCCCAAGUCCGCCGGGACGGAUCGAGAGUCUACAUUCGGUCUCUCAGCAAUUCUCCUUUUCGCUUCAGUUCCUCUUUUUGUCUUCUCUUAUAGUGCCACUUUAUAUCGAGAUGAUCUCUAAACGACCACAUCAUGAAAAGCAAAGCAAAGUACAUGCUCAUCGCUCAUCGCUCUCCCGAAUAUCCGAUUUUCAGUGGGUCCAGAUCCGGAACUUCAACAUCAUCGAAUUUAUUUGCGUUCGCCUUGCAGGAAUUUUCCCUACCAGUUCGUGCGGGCAAAAGUUAUAUAUCGGCUCGGAGCAAUCUGUCUUGCUUUCCUUUUCAUUGGAGCGGUUAAACAUGGCUAAAUGGGACCAUCACCAGCUGUCAAUGGCGGGGUCCUGUACUUAGUGGGGGGUAGCUACUGCAUCGUCACGUAACCACCAUCAUAGAGCUACAAAGCCCCUAAUCGACCUGAAAACACCAAAUCUUCACUCCACCAACACAAUAUUUCACUCCUCAAUAUCUGUUUUUUUGCUUCAAUUUCAGACCUCACAAAUUGACUACAAUUACAACCAAAAGAAAGUAACAAUGGCAGAAGAAAAUGUAAGUAACCCCUCAUUUACACACCAACUUACAACACACUAACAUCACAUCCCCAGAACCUCUCCUUCAUCCUCAACAAACCCUUCGAUGUCUCCUUCUCCGAACGUCCGAAGCCCACACUCAAAGACCCCCACGAUGUCCUCGUAGCAGUAAACUACACAGGAAUCUGCGGUUCAGACGUCCACUACUGGGUCGAAGGAAAAAUCGGCAGCUUCGUCGUCGAGAAACCCAUGGUCCUGGGCCACGAAUCCUCAGGAACAGUAGUACAAAUCGGUUCCUCCGUCACAUCCCUCAAAGUAGGCGACAAAGUAGCCCUUGAACCCGGAAUACCAUGUCGACGCUGCACCGCCUGCCUAUCAGGAAAAUACAACCUCUGCGAUGACAUGAUCUUCGCCGCCACCCCUCCCUACGACGGGACCCUCACGGGCUUCUGGGUCUCCCCCGAGGAUUUCUGCUACAAACUCCCCUCGCACGUCUCCCUCCAAGAAGGCGCCCUCAUCGAGCCCCUCGCAGUCGCAGUCCACAUCACCAAACAAGCCUCCAUAACCCCCGGGCAAACCGUCGUAGUAAUGGGCGCCGGACCCGUGGGACUCCUCUGCUGCGCCGUCGCCAAAGCAUACGGAGCCUCAAAGAUAGUAUCCGUCGACAUCCAACCCUCCCGUCUAGACUUCGCCAAAGACUUCGCAGCAACCCACACCUUCACGCCCUCACGCGUGUCCGCCGAAGAAAACGCCUCCAACCUCCUCUCACAAACGGGACUCGGACAGGGCGCAGACGCGGUAAUCGAUGCGUCGGGCGCGGAACCCAGUAUCCAGACCUCGAUCCAUGUCGUACGCCGUGGAGGCGUCUACGUGCAAGGCGGAAUGGGAAAACCCGAUAUCUCAUUUCCGAUCAUGGCGCUGUGCGCGAAGGAGAUCACGGCAAAGGGAAGUUUUCGGUAUGGUAGUGGGGAUUACAGGUUGGCGGUGGAGUUGGUGAGUAGUAGGAAGGUGGAUGUUAAGGCGUUGAUUACGAAGACGGUGGAGUUUGCGGAUGCGGAGCAGGCGUUUAAGGAUGUGAAGGAGGGGAAGGGGAUCAAGAUCUUGAUCAAGGGGCCGAAUGAGAAGGCUUAG